CAGAGAGCUCCGGACCUGACUGUUUCUGAUGGUCUCUACAUUUAGGAGCUGGUUAUAGCACGGCCACUCAAAGGGGCUAGGCUUAGGCUGAAGAAGCUGCUCUCUAUGCUCAGCUACUCCAGCCUCUAUAGAGUCACCAGUCUGCAGUGAUGCGUCCUCUGUAGUGGAAACCAGCCAUGCCAACUGAAUCAGUCACUGAAACGACUGUGGAGUGUUCUGAACGGCUGAUACAUCCGCAUGUAGGACACAAGUCAUCCACAGAGGGUUCCCCAUCUGACAGAUAUAAGACCUUGACUGUUUUCCAAGCUUGCUGGGAUGCAAACGUGGCCUUGGUGCUUGUGGUUCUUGCCGGAUUCCUCAUCUUGGUGCUGUUUUACUGCGUCCUUCUCUUGCGACACAAACUGCGUUUGGCUCAGGCAGGAAAUUCUUUGGAGUACUUUGGCUUCUACCACAUGGCAAACUACACUCUGAAACACCCACUUGAAACCCCAGGUUUAUCUUUCGUGAAUAUGGAUUCCCUCCCUGUGGAAGCUCCUUCUUGUUCUCCACCUCCAACUGUGGUUUCAAGUCAUCCAGUCAUCCCCCCACUCCUCCCCCCACCUCCACCACUUUCAUCUCGACCUCCCUCCAUUGUGCCUCUGCCGCACCCCAUCAUCUACACUACCCCACCCAGCCCUCAAUCUGACGCAGAGGUAUAUUCCCGCAUUGGCACUCUGCGGCCCUCUAGGCACUCGAGUGUGAGUCAGACGCAGGUGGUUCUCUUUGAACAUUCAUCCCUGUGACCCUUCAUUGAGGAACUCUGGCCUCUGUCUCUUCCUUGACAGUGUUUGCUAAGAGACUGCCUUUCACAGUCCAGUCGUUCAGGCAACUUUUAAGUCAUGUGUUUGUUUGCUUUUUUAUUUUUGGAAACUUGCAUAUCCUUGUUCUGUGGUACUAUUAUCUUAUAUAUUUUCACAUGGACAGAACUGUGUUGAGGCUGUUUUGACUGUUGAUAGUAUAAUUUUCACUUUGGCUUUUUUUUUAGAUUUGCACUAAAGCUAAAGGUUGUCACAAACAAAGGAUGCUCAUAGCCUCUAGUUUAACACUUCACAAAUUAUAUAUAUCUUAAUAUCACACACUCACCUUACAGUGCUAAGAUUUAAUUUAUAAACUGGGAGACAUAAUGCAGAUAAUCCAUAAGGGAUAUAAGGUGAACGCAAAGUUAAUUACUUUCCUGUAAAGGCACAUACUAGAGUGUUUUAUUCCAUUAAACCACAGCAAUUUGCCAACAAUUGGGUUUUUUAUUAAUUAAAUUAUGUAGCUAUAUGCAGUCACACUUUCAUAAACAUUUUCCUUUCUCUCUUAAUAAGAGUUAAUGAGACAAAAAAUAAACAGCUUGUGAUGUUUUAUAGAUAAAGCACAAAACCAAAAAACUUCUAUCCUGAGAAUUUGUACAUGCCACAUGUACUCAUUACUACAAAGAGUUCACAUUCUUUCUAUAAAAAUGUAAUAAAAUUCUCCGUUCAGAAAACUUCCCCAUCUCAUUUUUUGUUAAAUUAGUGCACUCUACACUUUUUAUACUUAUUUUUUUAGAUGCUUUGUUGAACUACUGUAACCAGUUU